AUUAAUCAAUUAUGAUUUUAUAUUAACAUUUAUUACAUUAUUCCUUAUUACUUUCUCACGUUUAUUGAGUGUUUUAUUUUUAGAAACAUCAAAGACAUUUAAUCUGAGACAAAAAUGUCUUGUGGUUUUCCUAAAAAUGUCAUAUCAACAUCAUUUCUAAGAAGUGUAGAAAAUUUAAACGUGCAAAGAAUGUGUAUUAAUAAUUCAUACGACCCCAGUAAUUAUUUACGAUCAAUCAUUAAAUUUCUAUCUGAGGACGGAAUAUUCGCAACAAUCUUCCUCCGGGUGAAGUUUAAGAAAUAUGCGUGAUCAGACGACAUUUAUAUAAAAACAUCGAAUUUUUUGCAUAAUUUGGAGGUUGAUUUCUUCAAAUUUGAACAAUUGCGCAAGUCCCGUUGGGCAUUAUUCAUUAUUAAAAGAGUGCGACCUCACUGUCUAAAAAAAUACGAACAGGAAAACGCGCCUCGGAAUUUAGGGGAUACGUAUAAAAACGUAUGUGAAUUUCGCGUAAUUAUUCAUUCUUCACUCAUUGUUUCAACAACAACUACAAUGUUCAAAAAUAUUAUUUUCGGUUUUGCCUUUAUCACUGUUGCCUUUGCGGCAACCACAAGAAUUUUAUCACCAUUACCGGACCUGCAUUUUCCUCCACCGCUGAAAGUAACGCCGGGCGAUGGAAACCAAAUCAAAAUCCUCAGACAAGAGCAGGAUAUCCGUCCGGACGGAAGCUACCAAUGGGGGUAUGAGACAGAAAAUGGAAUAGUCGCCCAGGAACAGGGACAACUGAGACAAAUCUCUAAGGACGAAUCGGCGAUGCAGGCACAAGGACAAUUCGCUUACGUGUCGCCGGAGGGUGAACCCAUCCAACUGUCUUACAUCGCCGAUGAGAACGGUUUCCAACCGCAAGGGGCACAUCUUCCUGUUCCACCGCCGAUUCCAGCUGCCAUACAAAGAGCCUUGGAAUGGCUGGCCAAAAACCAGAAGUUGUAAAAUUUAACUAAACGAUUAUUCGUUCCACUAGUCUUCUGUUGUUUAUGUAUCGAUUAAAAACUAAUUGUUUUGGAU